GCUCUAACAGUUUAUUUUUUACUAUUUCUUUGUCAGAAAUAGUCUUUAAGCUGAUAAAUUUUACACAUUUACACCUACCCAAAAUUGCACAGAAGAUUUUCUUUUCCAUUUUUUAUUUCGUUUCACUUUCAAUUAGAUUUUCAUUCGAUCACUGAUUUUACUAGAUUUCUUUGUAUGUAAAGUAAGACCCACGCGUUCCACGUUUGUGCGGUUAAACACGGUAACUGGGACUGUGCGCAGAAACUUGCGCAAACUUUAACGCGUCCUGUAAACGUUGUGACAGUGAGCACGAUUUCCGGAUAGCUAUUCGAAAAAUUUGAUUAAAUUAUUUGGAAACAUAAUCUAAUUACAUCAACACAUUCAUCCAUGUAAUGAAAAUUUUUAUGAAAUUAGUUUUAUUAAUCAAAAAGAAACUUAGUAUUUUAUGUAGAUAUAACCUUAAAAAGUUUGGUUAUGACAGUGAGUAACACUUAUGUAUAUGUCAGCUGAUUAGUUAUUGAAAAUGAAUGGAGACAAUAUUUUUAUUAAAUGCACAAUGUGUUUUUUCAAAUGUUAUUCGAAAAUCACUUUAUUAAAACAUGUAGUGCGAUAUCACCAACUUGAUCAGCGUUUUAAAGUUAGCUGUGCAGAGGAUGGAUGUGGAGCAAUUUACACCAAAUGGAAAUCUUUUCAGCAGCAUGUUUACAGAAAACAUCCAACACUUUCAACAAUUCUUGAUGAAAGACCAUUAGUACAUGAUAAUGGACAGCAAGAACAAGAUUUUGGAGUUAGAGAUGAAUUAAAUGAUGAAGAAGGAAUGACAGAAAGAGCUGAAUAUGCUACAAUGAAGAAUCUUCAAUGGUAUGCUGCUAAAUUAAUAAUAGAUAUAAGAGAAAACUGUAAAAUUUCUCAGACAUCAAUAGAUCAGGUCAUUAACGGAAUCACUUCACUGGUAGAUGUUUAUUUAUCAAUAAUAUUGGAAGAAUGUCAAAAGAAAACAGAUCCUGUAAGUCACAUGCUUUCAAUAGACGAUGUUAACACUAUAUGUAUGGAAGAGUAUCCAUCAACUACACUCUUUUCUAUAUUACAAUCAAAAUCUACUCUUGAUAAAUUUUUAAUUGAAGAAAUGCGCAUGGUACAAGCUACAGAAGUUAAGAUUUCGUCAAAAUGGCAAUGGAAACAAAAAAAGAGGCUUUCUACAAUUUCUAGAGACUUAUGUGAAGUUACACAUUGUGCAUACAUUGUUCCUUUUCUGGAAAAUUUAACUAAUCUGUUAAUGAACGAUGAAGUUAGAUUGCAUAUAGACAAUCCUCUCGAUCAUGACCCAAGUGUAUACCGUACAGUGUUGGACGGUUCAUAUUAUCGAGAAAAUGAGUUUUUUCGUAAUAAUAAAAACUCUUUAGCAAUAUCGUUAUAUUACGAUGAUGUGGGGAUUACCAACCCUUCAGGAGCUAGUUCUAAAAAUCAGAAGUUAGCAAUGUUUUAUUGGACUCUUCUAAAUAUUAAGCCCGAGUUACGAUCUUCAAACAACACCGUUCAAUUGUAUGCCAUUGUUAAAACAAUAUAUUUGAAAGAACCGAAUGCCUUAGAAAAAAUUUUGAGACCUUUCAUCGAUGAUAUUGAAAUAUUACGAACAGAAGGUUUAAAUAUGUAUGUUAACGGAGUAAGGAAAAAUUACAAAGGCUCAUUAUUGAACAUUCUAGGAGAUACACCUGCAUCAGCUUUGAUGGCCGGUUUUAAAGAAUCUGUGGCUGCAUAUCGACCAUGUCGUUUGUGUAUGGUAACAAAAGAUGUAUUAAAACUAAAUCCUUUUGAAAAUGAGCAACUACUGCGGAAUAAAGAUUUACACAUGCAAUAUUUAAAUGAUAUCAACGAGCCAGGUAUCACGAAAGCCGCGAAAAAAUACUGGCAAUUAUCGUAUGGUAUAAAUGGUGUGAGUCCAGUUGUAAACAUACCUUACUUUGAUGUAACACAAUGUUUACCAAUAGACUGCAUGCAUAUCCUUCUUGAAGGAAUUGUUGAGCAGAAUAUAAGAUUAUUUUUGAAGUAUUGCAUUGUUCAAAACGAACUUUUCACGAUUAACAAUUUUAAUAUAAAACUGUCUACAUUCAAUUAUGGUCAUUUCAAUCGAGAUAAACCCGCUGAAAUCCAAUUAAAGGAUCUUGAUGACGUUUUGCGACAAAGUGCCGCUCAAACUUUUGUACUUGCUCAUACACUUCCAUUUUUAAUUCUCCAAUUAGUUGAUAAUGACGGAGAAGAUCUCAAUGACCGAAUCGACUGUUUUAGUUUACUACUACAAGUUAUGAAUUUAUGUUUAGCAUAUCAAAUAAGUAGGGAUUCAGUAGAUUUAUUAAGUAGGAUGAUCGAUAUAUUUAUAACACGUUUCAAUGGGCUGUAUCCGAAUAGUAUAAUACCAAAAACACAUUUUUUAACGCACGUUCCACGAUGUAUAAGAUUAUUUGGACCUCCAAGACAACACUGGUGCUUCAGAUUCGAAUCUGCCCACGCUUAUUUCAAAUCACUUGUACCAGUUGUUCGCAACUUCAAAAACAUGCCUUUAACCAUGAUCUAUAGACACCAAAGUCGUAUUUGUUCUCGCCUUUUUUCUAAUCCAGGUCAAUCUUCAAAACUGUUUUUACACGAAAGUAAAAUAAUUGUUCCUGGUCUAAAUCAUUAUUUCACACACUACAAAUAUGCCUCAUUGCUAUAUCCAUUAAUACCACAUGAACUUCAGGAAACAUGUUCAAUAAUGGUGUCUCCAAAAGUGGCCAUUUAUGGAGCGAUUUUUAAGAAAGGCAGCAUUAUUUUGUUAAGUUGUAAUGAAGAUCUUCCACUAGAAUUUGGUGAAAUACUGGAUAUCUGCGUUUAUGAUAGCAAAAUUUUUUUUGUAAUCUUAAAAUUAGAAACAAUCUGUUAUAAUAGAAAUCUUAAUUCUUAUCAAGUGUUAAAGCCUAUAGCCACAGUCCAACAAAUAUUACUUGGAGCUGAUGACCUAUUGUUUCCUCACCCACUAUUACGAGUUAAUUUAGAUAAUAAAACUUUUGUACUACUCAUUAAUCAUGAAAGAUGUGAAUUUUUUUAA